AACGAGGCAGUCGAAGAAUACCUGAACAAUCGAGAUAGACAGAGUCUCACCUUUUCCAACACUAUUGUCACUCGCACACACCAGCAAGUGAUCGAGGUCUUCGCUACGGUUACCAUCGGAAUGGACAAUAACGAGGGAAGUCUGGAAUCUAGUGGAACGUCGUCGUGCAGGACCCUUUCCGAGUCUUCUUCUCCCUACUCGCUCCGCCGUAAAUACGGAACGCACAACUGUACUAUCGCGGGAACAAUAAAAAUAGACCUCCCGUAUAGGUCGGCCCGCUUACUAUCAGGCCGCAAGUUACGAUUAAAAGACCGAGCUGCAGACCCGCCCAGGCCAUGGAACAUCUUCGUAAAACAGACCUCAGAAUUUUGUCACGAAACAGGACUUCAUGGCUGUAAAUACAUCUGCGAGACUCAAAGAUCUACGAUCGAAAGAAUUGCAUGGGCGAUAACAGUGCUCGCAUCCCUGUGCAUUGCAACCGGAAUGCUGAAAGUUACUUACGAUUAUUAUCACAAGCAUUCGAUCCUCUCGGUCAUCGAAACGACCCAUCAUGGAAUAUGGAAUUAUCCAUUUCCGGCAGUCACGAUAUGCGAUUUCAAUCGCGUAUCUCUCAAGCUAACGAAGAAAUUCGUUGAAAACCUGACACUUCCAAUGACCGUAUCAAAGGAGUUUAUGGUUCAAGAAAUGAAAUUAUUGGACGAGUUAUUAUAUCCUGGAAUACACGGCUCAUAUGUUCGAAAUAAUCUCUCGCGAUUGCAAAUUGUGUUCGACAUGAACGAGCUUUCGAUACCAACGAUUAUGAAUUCAGUAACACGAAGUUGUGAAAAUUUACUGGAAGCGUGUAAAUGGAAAGCAAAGACAAAAGAUUGUAGCGCUAUAUUUCGACCAAGUUUGAGCCGCGAUGGUUUAUGUUGCAGUUUCAAUUACAUCACUUAUGACAAGAUCGUGGAAGAAUCGAAGUAUAUCUAA